AUGGCUACCUCCAGGCUCCAGUCUGAAGAUCAGUUUCUCUGUUCUAUCUGUCUGGAUGUGUUCACUGACCCGGUCACCACUUCAUGUGGACACAACUUCUGCAGGACCUGUAUCAUCAGAUACUGGAAUUCCAUUGACCUGUGCCAGUGUCCAAUAUGUACGCAGAAGUUCCAAACGAGACCAGAGCUUCGCGUCAAUACUUUCAUCGUUGAGAUGGCUGCUCAGUUCAGGAAGUCAGUUCAAGUGAAAGCUCCUAGCAACCCAGACCAAUGCCCUGCCAAACCUGGAGAAGUGUCAUGUGAAAUCUGCACUGAGACGAAGCUCAAGGCCCUGAAGUCCUGCCUGGUGUGUCUGACCUCUUACUGUGAGACUCACCUGGAGCCUCAUCAGAGAGUCGCAGCCUUAAUGAGACACAAGCUGAUCAACCCUGUUGAGAACCUGGAAGACAGGAUGUGCAAGAUACACGAGAGACUCCUGGAAUUGUUCUGUAAGACUGACCAAAUAUGUGUUUGUGUCUUAUGCAUUAAAACAGACCACAAGACUCACUAUACUGUCCUUCUAGAGGAAGAGUUUGGAGAGAUGAAGGGAAAGAUAGAGGCAGAAGUGCAGCAGAAGAUCCAGGAGAGACUGAAGAAGGUUCAGGAGAUCAAACACUCAUUAGAGCUCAGCAAGAGAAACUCUGAGAGAGAGAUAUCAGACAGCGCUCAGGUCUUCACUGCUCUGAUGCGCUCCAUUGAAAAGAACCAGGCUGAGCUCAUUGAGGUAAUUGAGAUGAAGCAGAAAGCCGCAGAGAGGCGGGCUGAAGAACUCGUUAAAGAGCUGGAGCAGGAAAUCACUGAGCUAAAGAGGAGAAGCACUGAACUGGAGCAGAUCUCACACACUGAGGACCACCUCCAUCUCGUCCAGAGCUUCCCAUCCCUGUGCAGCCCUCCACUCACCAAGGACUGGUCUGAGAUCAGUGUUCACAGUGAUCUGUGUGUGGGGACUGUGAGGAGAGCCGUGUCUCAGCUUGAAGAGACACUCAUGAGUGAGAUGAAGAGGUUGUGUGAUGCUGAGCUGAAGAGGAUUCAGCAGUAUGCAGUGGAUGUGACUCUGGACCCUGAUACAGCACACUGUAAACUCAUCCUGUCUGAGGAUGGGAAACAAGUAAGACAUGGAAACACACGACAGAAUCUCCCUGAUAACCCAAAGAGGUUUGAUUCUGCCAUUAACGUCUUGGGAAAGGAGAGCUACUCCUCAGGGAGAUUCUACUAUGAGGUGACUGUUACAGGGAAGACUGAGUGGAAUUUAGGCGUCUCUACAGAGUCUGUCAACAGAAAGGGGACUGUCACACUGAGCCCUGAUAAUGGACGCUGGGCAGUGAUCCUGAGGGAUGGGAGUACGUACACAGCUUGUAGCCCCAGCCGUGUCCGCCUCUCUCUGAGAGAAAAGCCCCAGAAGGUGGGGGUGUUUGUGGAUUAUGAGGAGGGUCAGGUCUCCUUUUAUGAUGUGGAGGACAGGUCUCAUAUCUUCUCUUUCACUGGUUACACUUUCACAGAGAAACUCUAUCCGUACUUCAGUCCAUACCAUAAUGAUGGUGGUAAAAAUUCAGCCCCUCUGAUCAUCUCUCAUGUCAAUCACACAGACUGA